AUGUACUUGAAGGACAUGGUGACUAAAAAAGUAAAGCAACUGGAUGUUGAUACCAUAACACUUAUUAUGGAGUGCAACUCAGUGGUAUUGCAGAAGAUUGCCAUGAAGUGUAAGGAAUCAGGGAGUUUCACUCUCCUUAUUCAGAUUGGUGACAGCCCAGUGGUCCAUGCACUGUACAAUUUAGGGGAAUGCAUUAAUUUGAUGCUCUUAUCAAUGUUAAACACUCUUGGUGUUGGGAAGCUGAGACCAUGCUCUGUGCUACUCCAAAUGGAUGACCGAAAAAUAGUCCAUUUGGAAGGAAUCAUUGAGGAUGUGCUCAUCAAGGUUGAUGGGAAGUCUGAGUAUUGGAAAUCAAAGCUAAGGAACAUGAAGAAUAUUAAUUAUGGGGUCCCCAAACCCUCUUGA